UCGCGGGAGGCGCAGGGCGCCGGGGCUGGCGCGCUCUCCCGGGCGCACACACAGAUCCACGCACGCACGCCCAGAGCAGCUGUCUCCGCCGUGGCCGGCGCUGCUCUCGCCCAUGCGGACAGACAGAGCGCAGGAAGAUGGCUGACGACUCCUUCGGGCCCCGAGGAUGCAGCCCGGCGGCGGCGGGAGCGGGAGCGGCGGCGGUGGCACCGGCAGCGGCGGCAGCAGGAGCGGCGGCGGCGACGGCAGGAGCGGCGGCGGCGGCAUCCCCGAGACUCCCCGGGCUACCCUUCCCCGUGACGGCCACUGACGGUCUCCGCCGCUAGAAGAGACCCCGCUCCUCCCUCGCCUGUCUCCCUCCCCCCCCCCAAACCCCCUCCCAGCCCCGGACCCGCCAGCCCCGCUACCUCCGCCAGCGUUGCCACCAUCAGCACCACCUCCACCUCCGCCACCGCCACCGCCACCACCACCACCACUACCGCCGGCGGCGGCAGCAGCCAUUUCAUCUCCACAGAAACCAGACACAAAAACAUGGCAGAAAUGGAGAAAGAAGGGAGACCUCCGGAAAAUAAAAGGAGCCGGAAACCAGCUCACCCCGUGAAGAGGGAAAUCAACGAGGAGAUGAAGAACUUUGCAGAAAACACCAUGAAUGAACUCCUCGGCUGGUAUGGCUAUGAUAAAGUUGAAUUAAAAGACGGCGAAGAUAUUGAAUUCAGAAGCUACACUACUGAUGGAGAAAGCCGGCAACACAUUUCUGUUCUCAAAGAAAACUCUUUGCCAAAACCAAAAUUACCGGAGGACAGUGUUAUUUCAUCUUACAAUAUAAGCACAGGCUACUCAGGCCUUGCCACUGGGAACGGACUCAGUGACUCGCCUGCAGGGUCAAAGGACCAUGGCAAUGUGCCUAUUAUUGUCCCUUUAAUCCCACCACCUUUCAUAAAGCCGCCAGCAGAAGAUGAGGUGUCAAAUGUACAAAUAAUGUGUGCCUGGUGCCAGAAAGUGGGGAUCAAGCGCUAUUCCCUGAGUAUGGGAAGUGAGGUGAAAAGCUUCUGCAGCGAGAAAUGCUUUGCGGCCUGCCGGAGAGCCUACUUCAAAAGAAACAAGGCUAGAGAUGAAGAUGGACAUGCUGAAAGUUUUCCCCAGCAGCACUAUGCUAAGGAAACUCCAAGGCUUGCCUUCAAGAAUAACUGCGAACUACUUGUGUGUGACUGGUGUAAACACAUAAGGCACACAAAAGAAUACCUGGAUUUUGGGGACGGGGAGAGAAGGCUUCAGUUCUGCAGUGCAAAAUGUCUCAAUCAAUACAAAAUGGACAUUUUCUACAAAGAGACACAGGCCAACCUUCCAGCUGGGCUGUGCGGCACGUUACACCCUCACAUGGAGAGCAAAGCAGAAGGCACCGGGGUGCAGCUGCUCACUCCAGACUCUUGGAAUAUCCCGCUAACAGAUGCUCGGAGGAAAGCCCCCUCCCCGGUGGCUGCAGCUGGCCAAAGCCAGGGCCCUGGCCCCUCCUCGUCCACCACCGUUUCUCCAUCUGACACUGCCAACUGCUCUGUCACUAAAAUCCCCACGCCAGUGCCCAAGUCCCUCCCCAUCAGCGAGACUCCAAGCAUCCCUCCCGUCUCGGUCCAGCCACCUGCUAGCAUCGGACCUCCACUGGGUGUCCCGCCUCGCAGCCCUCCCAUGGUGAUGACCAACCGCGGCCCAGUGCCUCUGCCCAUCUUCAUGGAGCAGCAGAUCAUCCAGCAGAUCCGCCCGCCCUUCAUCCGUGGCCCACCGCACCACGCCUCCAACCCCAAUAGCCCCUUAUCCAACCCCAUGCUCCCGGGCAUUGGGCCCCCGCCCGGUGGCCCCAGGAACCUAGGCCCCACUUCCAGCCCCAUGCACCGGCCCAUGCUCUCGCCCCACAUCCAUCCCCCAAGUACCCCUACCAUGCCUGGGAACCCCCCAGGGCUGCUGCCCCCGCCGCCCCCGGGCGCGCCCUUGCCCAGCCUUCCCUUCCCUCCGGUAAGCAUGAUGCCAAACGGCCCGAUGCCGGUUCCCCAGAUGAUGAACUUCGGGCUGCCGUCGCUGGCCCCGCUGGUGCCGCCCCCCACGCUGCUCGUGCCGUACCCAGUUAUCGUGCCCCUGCCGGUGCCCAUCCCUAUCCCUAUCCCUAUCCCCCACGUGAACGAUUCCAAGCCCCCCAACGGAUUUUCCAGCAACGGGGAGAGCUUCGUUCCGAGCGCCCCGGGCGACUCCUCGGCGGCCGGAGGCAAGGCUGGUGGACGCUCCUUGUCCCCGCGGGACUCCAAGCAGGGCUCUUCCAAGUCAGCCGACUCGCCGCCCGGAAGCUCCGGCCAGGCUCUGAGCCUGGCGCCCUCGGAGCGCGGUCGCGGGGAGGUGGUGGACCUGACCCGGCGCGCGGCCAGCCCCGCGGGCGCGGGAGGUCAGCCGGGCUUCGCGGGCGUGCUGCACGGCCCGCAGGACGGCGUCAUCGACCUGACCGUGGGCCACCGAGCCCGGCUGCACAACGUGAUCCACCGCGCGCUGCACGCUCACGUCAAGGCGGAGCGCGAGCCGGGAGCCGCGGAGCGCAGGACCUGCGGCGGCUGCAGGGACGGCCACUGCAGCCCGCCCGCCGCCGGCGACCCCGGCCCGGGCGCCCCCGCGGGUCCCGAGGCGGCCGCCGCCUGCAACGUCAUCGUGAACGGCACCCGCAGCGCUCCCGCCGAGGCCAAGGGCGCGGAGCCCCCGCCCGAGCAGCCGCCGCCCCCUGCCCCUCCCAAAAAGCUGCUGUCGCCCGAGGAGCCCGGGGUGAACGAGCUGGAGUCGGUCAAGGAGAACAACUGCGCUUCCAACUGCCACCUGGACGGGGAAGCCACCAAAAAACUGAUGGGGGAGGAAGCCUUGGCGGGGGGCGACAAGUCAGACCCGAACCUUAAUAACCCCGCGGACGAGGACCACGCCUAUGCUCUGCGGAUGCUGCCCAAGACCGGCUGCGUGAUCCAGCCUGUGCCAAAACCCGCAGAGAAGGCUGCCAUGACGCCGUGCGUCAUCUCCUCGCCCAUGCUCAGCGCUGGCCCCGAGGACCUGGAGCCGCCGCUCAAAAGGAGGUGCCUCCGAAUUAGAAACCAGAAUAAGUAAAAAAAAGAAGGAACACUCGCUCCCAGGGUACAUUGCAUGGAGAGAGGGCGUGGAGCAAACCAAGUCAUGCCAUCCAAUGACACCAGCUGCUCAGCUCACCACCUCGCUCUGGCUAAAACUCAAGCAAAUAACACAGCUUCCCGUCAUUAAACAUCUUGGAGGAAGCAGCCCUCCCUGGUGGCCUCAAGGCCGGAGAAGCCAGCAGGUCUUGGACCCAUCAAGCCUGGGCCCAGCAUUCCUGCCCACUUCAUCUCAAUUCUCCCCAGAAGAACUUAGGGAUAUCGCUGGUUUAAAAACAACAACAACAAAAAGCAAAACAAAACACCAACCCGCCACAAGGACCAAUGUAGGUAUUCUUGCCCCCAUCAUCAAGGCUCUACGGAUGAGGCUGGAGGAUGACAGGGACUGGAAAAUAAGAACCUUUUAUAAAAAUCUUUUUAAGAACUGCUGUGGUUUGCUGCUACGAUAAGAAUUGUGAGUUGCUUUUACAGUUUAGGAACGGAACUGUUCACGUUUUUUGGUGGGGAGACGGGAUGGUGCUGGAGUUUCAAUGCCUCAGACUCAUCUCUGCCCAGCCCACGAUGCACUUUUAAAUGAAGAGGUAGAAUAUUUUAUCGGCUACUCUACUUUUCAUGUUAUUUUUUACAAAGGCCACCUUUAUCCUUUUUGAUGCCAUAUUUUCAGUGUUACACUUUUAUGGCUUUUAAUUUUCGAUCUGCCAGAUGUAGGAAGCAGCAUGGAUAGUUUAUACUGUGGUUUUAACAGAGACCGAAUGCCAAGAGAACUCGGUAAAUGUUUAUUCUUCUCAGCUUUCUCUUGAAAUGCCCCUAAAUAGCGCCCCAUUUGGGAACAGAGCAAGAGUGUUGAACUGAAGACCAAAAUGCCCUCAAGGUGUAAUAUAAUCUGAGGGGGGAAUAUUUGCUGGGCGUCAGGAAAGACUCGGAUGAAAUUUCAACCCUGAUGAUUUUCCGUGGUCCAGGAAGUCAGCGAGACAAUCUCUCUCUGCGCAGAGUCCUUUCAUGAUAAUUGGAAUGGUAUGGACGAACCGAUGCAAACAAGAGAGAAAGUGAGAAAGACCGCUGGAUUCUGUUUCACUGUUUGCUUUCUCCUGUCAUGGUUAAGAGAAAUGUGCAAUUCGAUCCUCAAUCAGUGGGUGGAGGAUAACAGGGUAGAUUUACUUGUGUGCACUUGUACAGUUGUAGCUGCGAGUCCAGAAGUCCUCUAGAACAUGUGUACUGGCACUGAGUUGCUGAGACUGUCGUGGAGUGCCCCAGUCUGAUGAGUACGGAAAAAAAAAGAAAAGAAAAGAAAAAAAAAUCCAAAAAAAAAAAGAAGAAAACUUAAAAAAAAAAAAAUCAAGUCAAAUCACCUUGUGAUUCAGUGUAUCUGUUUACUAACUCAAAUAAAAGCAAUUGUUCCCUCUGGAGGGGUCCAGGUGCCCCGCCCCUCCAGGUCUUGGAGCCUCAGCAGGAGGGUGACAGAAGGCGGGAGGGCAGGAGGGGCUGGUGUCGUCUCAGCUUCGCGGCUGCACUGGGGCCGCGGAUGCGUGUACAUACUGUAUUUCUAUAUACGCCUUUGUACAGUCGAGUCAAGCUACUGUUUUGCAGGCGCUCCUUAUUUAUUAGAGCCGUGAGAGCUUGGGGGUGGGGGGGACACACCUGGCGAGCAAGCUCGCUUUUUAAACAUAAAAUGGGGGGACAGGGAAAGGGAGGCGGGAGGGAGGGGUUGCUCAUAAGCCCAGGGAGAGAUUUAUAAAAGGGAACAAAAAAGAAAAAAAGAAAAAAAAAAAAAAAAAAAAACUACCAACGACAAACUAAACCAGCUUACAGCCCACCACCAAGCCACGCCCCUACAGGAAGUUGCCGCCCCUCUGGGCACUCCUUUUCCUGCCGUGUCAGAAUCAUCAGACAAAUAAAUCUCUAAGAAACGUUA